AUGGCGGAGCUGGCAGUUCCAGCCCCACCGCCUCUGUCGCCUAUUCCUUUGAAGGCUUAUGGGGCCAUUGACGUGAACGGGCAGCCGCUGGGACCGGCACCAUCUCCAACCAAGCGGUCUUACGUAGCCGUCGCUGUGCUGUGUUAUCUCAACCUGGUGAAUUACAUGGACUGGUUUGUUGUGCCGGGGGUGCUUCUGGAGCUGCAGAGUUACUUCGAGCUUGAUGACAGCAAGGCAGGCUUGCUGCACACAGGUUUUGUUCUCUGUUUCUUGUUUGCGGCGCCUCUUUUUGGAUAUCUUGGGGACCGAUACAACCGGAAAAUCAUCCUGGGUGUUGGAAUAGUCCUCUGGUCGGGCGUGACCCUUGGUAGCUCCUUCAUUCCCAACACAUUGUGCUGGUUGUUCUUUAUUUCACGGGGCCUGGUGGGUGCUGGCACUGCCAGUUAUUCCACUGUCGCUCCCACCAUCAUCGCUGACUUGUUUGAGAAGGACCACCGAACGUGGAUGCUGUCGGUUUUCUAUAUCUUCAUACCUGUCGGAAGUGGGCUUGGUUACAUCUCGUCAUCUGGAAUGGCGCGCGCUACCGGCUACUGGGGCUGGGGGUUCAGGGUCACCCCUUGUAUGGGGGCCCUGGGCCUAAUCCUCCUAGUUCUCUUCGUUCCCGAAUCAAGCCGCCGCACCGCUGAGAAGCCCAAAGACGACAAGCCCAACGGGAGCGCCACUUGGCUCAAAGACGUCUCCUCUCUCUGCAAAAACUGGAGUUUUUUAUGGUCCUCGCUGGGCGUGACGGCCAUGGCCUUCGUCACCGGAGCUCUGGGUUUCUGGGUCCCGGUGUUCCUUUCCAGAGCUCAGCGCAUCCUUGACCUGGCGCCCGUCUGCGAGAAGGAAAUGUGUGACUCCGCCAACAGCCGGAUCUUUGGAGGGAUUACCAUUGCAACGGGCAUUUUGGGGGUCGUGAGUGGAGCGGAGGCUGCCAGGAGAUACAAGAAGGUCAACGCUAAAGCCGACCCCCUCAUCUGUGCUCUGGGUUCGCUCGCUUCGGCUCCGUGCAUCUACCUGGGUAUCAUGCUGGCUCAGCAAAGCAUCGUGGCGACCUACAUUUUUAUCGCCCUUGCAGAAUUUCUUCUGUCUUUAAACUGGGCCAUUGUGGCCGACAUACUGCUGUACGUGGUGAAACCAACCCGCCAGUCGACCGCCAUGUCCUUGCAGAUUUUUGUCAGCCAUUUGCUAGGCGACGCCGGCAGCCCUUCCCUCGUUGGAUUUAUCGCCACGGUGAUCCAGGACAACCAUGGCGACCACACCUACCUCUGGAACUUCAGAAGCCUGCAGUACAGCUUCGUCAUAUGUGCCUUCAUUGGAGCCCUGGGGGGAGGCUGUUUCCUCAUGACCGCCGUUCGUAUCGAAGAAGACCAGAUGAAAGCCGCGGCACCAUCCGUCCGAGGCUUGGAGAACAAAUCCUACACCUCGCACGAAGAAGGACGCGAACUCCCUGCGAUGUAGAACGGUUUCCUUCCCUUUGCCUCGAAGCUCAGCCUGGAAGAAAACUCCUGAAUGUCAACACAUCCUCCAUCUGGUGGGCAGGGAGGCUGUGUGUGUGCCUGCGCAGGGGGCUGUGAUAGGCACCGCUCCAUCCUGGCCUCUAACGCUGGCAUUGGAGGACGGCAAGUGAGGCGGCCGCUGCGGAAGCCAAGAACGGCAAAGCGGAAAGCUCUUUCUGCAGGAAACAGAACCAGUGGAAGUAAUCAGAUGUGCGCUUAUCUCCCCACUGAAAUUCGGUAGAUGGCUGUGGCUUCUUCUGCAGGGGGGCAUGGCCCAGCCGUAGGUAGGGCACAGACCUGCGGGGGAGAGGGUUCCAGGAUCCCUCCUGCCGUUUUUGGGUUAAAUAGAUCUCAGGCAGAAAGGCUGGGUAAGGUCUUUGCAGGAGGCCUUGUGGAAGAACAGCCAGGCAGGGUAAAACAGGGAUGAGAAAUGCAGG